AUGGUCGAUGCAAGAAAGGUCAUUCCUCAGUCUCCCGAAGAGUGGUUGAAGGAGGUCAAAAACCUAAAUCUCGACAACCUCACUAUCCAUGAUGCCCCGCUCAAGUCGGCGUCGCGCGCAGAAUUCGAACAAUUCCUCCUUCUCCGAGUCCUCUGGAAGAGCUAUGAUUCAUCCAAAUUCCUGAGGCGCGUCAAUCUGAACCAAACCCUAUCAGAUGCCCGCGCCAGGUUAAAAAGUCUCGGGUCGUGGACCAACUACAAAAACAGCUUCACCGGUCCAAAUCAGCAAGGAACCUUUGCAUUGGCCCGCCAUUACCAAUUGCAAGUAACAAGAACCGAUCAGGACAGCACGAGUGGCAGUGGUGUUCAAUUCACACCCGUAGCCCAUAGGACACGCUCAAAGCAGCAAACGGGUCAGCCACCAACCCAACCAGACUUGACGAAGUCGCCCCCUACAAAUCCAGACCCUAACUUCGAUACUCCCCUCCUUGACGACGAUUCCGAUUCAAUGUCAGCCAUCUCCUCACCACUGGUCCGCACUCCAUGGAGCCCUAUCCGUCCGGAAGAUGAAAUCUUAUAUCCCCCAACAAAGGAUGAACAGAUCGUCAAUACUGCUCUCCUGACGUUCCUUGAUUCUCUCACGUUGCACUUUGAUCUCUCCGUUGGCUGGUCCAUACAUCGCAUGGCCUUUAGAGCAACAUUUACAAACAUGGAGUUCCAAGCCAGAACAGACGGCUAUCUCGCAGAUAGCAGGGGAGAUAUCAAGGCCAUCGUUGAGGUAAAGCCAGUUAUCAGGAAUAACAAGGAAACACAGAUUCGUAUACAGGAAAGUCACCAGAUCGUUGCGAGCUUAUUGGCAGACUACACAUCUCCCCACGUGCAGCGCCGGAACAAGCCUCACCGCCUCAUCAUAUCGCAGGAUAGGCACGAGAUCUACAUAUCUGUGGCGGAGUAUGGGAAUGAUUACAUUGAUUAUCUCCAGACUGGGCAGACUCACAACGACCCAUUUCUAGUGAUGCACCAGUACGGUCCUUGGGAUACCCUAGGUCCUGAUGCAAUGGACAAUCUAGGUCCGAUCAUUCUAGCAAUCACGGCCAUUGCUCAAACCUACUAAGCAGUUUGUAUUAAUUUGCAUCAGUCGUCCAGCACAAGUUUCAAAAUGCAGUGAAUACCUUUUCUCGUGGCUUUAG